UCUCUUCUCCAUUUUUGGGCUAGUCUUGUUUUGUCUGAACCCUCGAUUUCCUAUAUAUAGAAACCGAAUUCCCUCACAAAGAAAAAAACAUCAAACUCGAUCAAAAACAUCAUCAAGCCACGCGUACACACACAGAAAGCACCGAAGCACCAAAGCAAUGUCGAGCUUCCACUUCCACUUAAUUCUCUUCUCCCUCCUCGCCUCCUCCGCCGUCCUCCCCUCCUUCUCCGCCACCACCGAGCUCUGCAAUGCCGACGACAAGAGGGCCCUCCUCCGGAUCAAGAAAGCCUUCAACGAUGCCUACGUCCUCUCCUCCUGGGACGCGGCCACCGACUGCUGCGAGUGGAACAACGUCGAGUGUGAUGGCACCACCCACCGCAUCGUCACCCUCAAUGUCCCCCGCGGUGGCCUCUCUGGCUCCAUCCCCUCAGAUGUGGGCGACCUCCCUUACCUCGAGACCAUCUACCUCCACAAGCAGCCCAACCUCACUGGAAACAUCCCCCGCUCCCUCCUCAAGCUCAAGAACCUCCAGUACUUGACCCUCAGUUACAACAACCUCUCCGGCUCCAUCCCGGGAUUCCUCGGCGACCUCACCAACCUCAUCUUCCUCGAUCUAUCCUACAACCGUUUCUCGGGCCCAAUCCCAAGCUCCCUCUCCAACCCCCCGAACCUCCGGUCCCUUCGGCUCGACCGCAACGCCCUCACCGGCUCAAUCCCCGCCUCGCUCAGCCAUAUACAGGGCAGCAGCCCUUACCUGUACCUGUCCCACAACCAGCUCACCGGUGAGGUCCCCGCAGCACUUGGGGACGUCGACUUCACAUACAUUGACCUCUCGUGGAACCAGCUUUCUGGUAACCCCUCGGCGCUCUUUGGCCUGAACAAGAGCGCUCAGCAGAUCUACCUGGCGAGGAACAUGUUCGAGUUCAACAUGUCGGAGAUGGAGCCGCCACAGGAAAGCCUGAUUGCUCUGGACCUGAACCACAACAAGAUCUUCGGGGGAAUUCCGGCAGCAAUGACCGGGGUCACAUAUCUUCAGAUCUUCAACGUGAGCUACAACCGGCUUUGUGGGGAGAUCCCAGUCGGGGGGAGGCUGCAGAGGUUCGACUCCACCGCGUAUUUCCAUAACCGGUGCUUGUGCGGCACUCCUCUUGAUAGCUGCAAGUGAUGACAAUGAUGAUCAUCAAGAAAGUUUGGCCAUGGAUGUGAUUGGGUGUGGGGUGUGCCUGUGUAGUGGUGAUCCUUGUUAAACGUGACGCAUGCUAAAUAAUGUCGUUGUCUCUGUUCAUUUCGUUAUUCUUUUUUCGUUUUUUUACUUCCAAUAAUGUGAAGCUGCUCACAGGUGUGAAAGCGUAGGAGGAGAUCAGACCGUGUAUGGCAUGGCUAAUAGGGAUAUGUUACUUUUUCUAUUUUUCUUUCUUCCCAGUUAGAUCAAGGAUCUCAUUGUUUCUUGCAAUAUAAAGGAGCAUAUAUCAUUUUAGUUA